AUGUCCCAAGCUGAUGUAUCUUACAGUUGUGGAGCUUGUGGAUACCCUCUUAACUUAACAUCUUCUAAUCGUAUUACUUCUGGCAUUGGGUCUGAGUAUCGCAAAUCUAUUAAGAAAGGUUUUAUCUCCUUCCUUUCCAUUGAUCUCAGUAGAUUUACUCAGGUUGAUGAGGGUAUGGAUAUGGAGAUUCAUCCGCUCUCUGUGGUUUUGACUCACCAACUUCAUCUAGCUCAACUUAUAAGAAAUUCAUGA